CAGCACUCACCCCAACCACUGCGUGCCCUGCAGCACUUCAGGCCACUGCUCACAGGGCACGAAGUGGGGAGAGGGCACGGCACAGGGGGACAGGGGGACAGCACUGGGAGCAGGGAGGUUGCGGAUGGACAGGGGCUGCCUGUAGACAGCGGCCUCAGCCACACCAACAACACUUCACGUUCACGGGUGCCAUAAAGCAGCACCCAGCGCCACGGAUGGAGGAGGCAGGUUUGGCGGUGGAGUCAGAAGGAAAUCCCAGCUAAUCCAGCUCAGUUAGACAAAAACAAAGAGGAUCAUUCUGAUACAAAGUUCUGGCUGAAGCCCUGCACCUGAUCAGCAUUUGCAAGAUUAGAUAAGGACUGAACUUAGUCCCUUCCUGCAUAUAUUAAUGCGAGCUCUCUGGAUGUCUGGGCUACUCCAGUUCAAGGGCAAGAAGAUGGUCGCUUCUCUGGGGUUCCUAUUUGCUGUCCUCUCUUUAGCAAGAUGUGUCCCCGUGCAGCAAACAGCCAGCCGCGACAAAGUCCUCCUGGUGUCCUUCGAUGGCUUUCGGUGGAACUAUGACCAGGACGUGGACACCCCCAACCUCGAUGCCAUGGCUGCAGAGGGAGUGAAGGCGCAGUACAUGACUCCUGCCUUUAUCACCCUUACCAGCCCGUGCCACUUCACGCUGCUGACCGGGAAAUACCUCGAGAACCACGGGGUGAUACACAACAUGUGGUUCAACACCAGCACGGGGGUGAAGCUGCCCUAUUACAGCACGCAGGGCAUUGACAGCUGGUGGGACAACGGCAGCCUGCCCAUCUGGAUCACAGCUCAGAGACAGGGUUUAAAGACAGGCUCUAUCUAUUUCCCUGGGGGACGAGCAAAAUAUCAAGGGGAAGAAGUGAAUAUGAAGAUGGUGGAGCCCGCCAUAUUCAACUACAGCAAUGAAACCAUUUGGAGACAGAACAUCGACAUUGUCAUGGAAUGGUUCACGGUGAACAACCUCGACUUCAUCGCCCUCUACUUCGGUGAGCCAGACUCAACGGGACACAAGUAUGGCCCCGAGUCCACGGAGAGGAAAACCAUGGUCAGCCAGGUGGACAGAACCGUCGGCUACUUAAGGCAACGUAUCAGGGAAAGUGGCUUGGAACCAAACCUCAACCUCAUCAUCACGUCUGACCACGGCAUGGAGACGGUCAUAAAGACCGACGAGAUUCACAUCCAGAAAGUAGAGAACUUCACAUUCACAGACAUCCAGUUUGAACUCUUAGACUAUGGACCAAACGGACUACUGGUACCAAAAGAAGGAAAAUUGGAGCACGUGUAUUCAGUCCUGAAAAAUGCCCACCCAAAGUUGCAUGUGUACAAAAAAGAAGAGUUUCCAAAGAGAUUCCACUAUGCCAACAACUCCCGGAUCACCCCGCUCCUGAUGUACAGCGAUCCAGGAUACGUGAUCCACGGGCGAAUCAAGGUCCAGUUCAACAAGGGGGAACACGGCUUUGACAACGAGGCCAUGAACAUGAAAACCAUCUUCCGCGCCGUGGGGCCGGCCUUCAAGCGAGGGCUGCUGGUGGAGCCCUUCGAAAGCGUCAACGUCUACGCGCUGCUCUGCGAGCUGCUGGGCAUCGUGCCCGAGCCGCACGACGGCUCCCUGGAGGUCCUCAGGCCCCUGCUGCGUGAGUGCCCCGCCGAUGGCUGCGGGAACACCGACACCUAGCGGCGGCCGCCCGACGGCCGCAGCCGCUGCGGGACCGGGGCAGGAGCCGGAGCCUCCCGGGGGGGCUCCCUCCGCUCCCCCCCGGCACAGCGGGCCCCGGGCCGGCGCUGACCCAGCCGGCAGCCGGGCAGCUCCCGCUUUAAGGGCGUCUAAACGUCCCCAAAACGCCCAGCAAAGCUUUGCACAGCCGUUAGAGGUUGGAAACGGGAGGUGCCGCGGCCAGCGGAGCGUCAUUCCUGCAGGGAGCAGGGGAUGCAGAGCGGCGGCUGCUUGCUGUGCCCAGUCCCCUGCACGAGCUCCAUGCCGCGGGAAGGGGCUGCUGCUCACCUGGGCAGAGCCUGGCUCCCCGCUUUAAUGCUGAACUUUCGCCGUUGCAGGUUCAAGCGCUCCUCUCCUUGCUGCCACGAAGCUGUCAGUGAUGCUGGGGAUUGCUCUCACUCUGCAAUGCUGGAGAGGAAUAUACUAACCGCCUAGCAGAGGUAAUUUAUUCCAAGGAUAGCCAGAAAGCUCUGUGGAGGUGCUGCCUUGUUAGGCGUGUGCCUGUGUGUUGGCUGCAAGAAAAAGAAGGAUCAAAGUUUGCUGUUUGCCUUCAAUGUGCAUAUAUGCCUGGAGACCUAGCAGGAUGAGCAAUUCUCGGUCUCAUUUCCUGGCAUUUCCAGCACCACGCAUGCACAGCCGACAUCCACAGGCUGGACACACAAGAAAUAAGCACCAACAGCACUGUGCUUUCCUCUCUUGACAGCCUCCGAGUUCCAGGCAGCUCUACCAGAAACGUGUGGAGAGGUGAGGAAGCACGUGUCUGAAGAAGACAGCCUGAGGAGCAUAGGGAGACCCCGCUCCAAAACCUCCCCAAAUUUCUCAUCCACAUUCCUCCAGCGUUGCUGAGUCCCAGGGUGGGGAAGCCCUCCCCAGCUCUGGUGUGCACCAGGGAUGCACGGCUGUGGAAGCUGACACCGAUGCACAGUGUGACUUUGACAAAAGCAUCCUGUGUCGGUGCUGCCCCAACUUCCCCAUCUGCUCAAGGGAGAAAAACUCCAACUCGGUUUGGACCAGGGACAGUUAAUACAUGAUGAGCUCCUAAAGCAAUUAAAAGCAUAUCUAAGUUCUGCAUGUGCUGAGAAGCCUUCUGUAAUUGGUGCUGGACUCCAGCACAGGGUACACGGAGAAGACAGGGGUC